AGGCGGAUUUGUGACGUCAUUUUACUAAGGUAAACAGUAAUGGCGGCUCUCAGGAACUGAAUAUUCUAACAGGCACCGUCACUGGAAGUUUUACAGGUUUUCUUCAAAGUUGAUCAGGUAUUACAGAAUGGGACAACAAAACUCUAAAUACAACAGUUCGAGGGGUGACCCAGAACAAGGGGUCAUCCCGCAGAAUACGAAAAAGAUCCAAGGCAUGUCCAGAAUCUUGACGGCCAAAGCUGAACACAGGAGAGAGGUGGCUGUCCAGGGCUGGGACAAGCAUGAUGAGAAUAUGAGAAACAUGCAACUAUUAAAAGGUUUGUUUAAACAACUUGACCCAACAGUGAUGAAAUCUGUUGUGGGGGUCAGGGGGGAAAUCCAGCUUUCCUUCAAGUAUGACUUCAAGCGCCAUCUGUUGUUGGUUAAGGUUAUCAAAUGCAGAGAACUCAGAAGCAAAGAUUUGCGGUCCAAGAUGUCAGACCCAUAUAUCAAGCUAACGCUCAUGCCUGAUAACGACGGGCUGGGAGAACGGAGAACGGCAGUGAUGCGACAGUGUAAUGAUCCGGUAUUUGACGAAAUUUUUGCCUUUCCGUUGGAGGAGUACAAACUUUCUGAUCUGAAGAUGGUUGUGCAGGUGAUAGAUGCCGACAUUAUGGGACAGGAUGACUUCAUUGGAGAGGUCAUAGUGGAAAUGAACACAUUUAACUUUCGGGAGACGCCAUUUCACACAGCUUGGUAUUCUCUCCACAUGGAGACUGACCUCAACGUGUCGGGAGAAUUGGAGAUCUCUGCGGAGUUCCAGCUUCCUGCCAGCCUCUUUGUGACUUUAUUCAGGGCGCAGGGCCUCAGUGCCAGGGAUGAAGGAAAAUCAGCUGAUCCAUUUGUGAAGUUGACCGUGACUGGAACAUCUUCUAUCUUCCAAACACAAGUCAGGAGGGACACAUUAGACCCGGAGUGGAACGAGACGUUUGAGUUUGACUUGACUCAGGAGGAGCUGAGCAGCAGAUACCUGAUUCUUCAUGUAAUUGACCAGGACCGAGCCACCAGCAAUGACUCCCUGGGACAGGUUGUCAUUGAUCUUAGAACCUUUGACCCCGAGAAACGUCUACAUGAAACUCUUGCUCUGGCUGAUUUGAGGAACACAGAACUGUUGAGGACAAAAUGGGGACAGCAGGCAACAACGCAAGAGUUCAAGGAGGCUCUCAUGGCUCAUGCAGCCUCUAAACACCCUUCCUUCCUGUUUUCUGAGCAUUCUGGGAAAAAGGUGGUCAACGUCAGCUGUAGAAAAGCAGGUGCCCGUGGCAGAAUUCGCAUCAUUGAUGGGAUUCCGGUCAAAUGACGCCUGCACAGUCACCCAACCGUGUCCUUUCGCCGCUCUUCGUCUUCAGCUCUCCGUCUCGCUUGAGUCGCUCUUUCGGCUCACAUCGACUGUGAUAUAUAUGUUGUAUUUAUACAGUAAAUAUUGCAAUAUUGAUGUUUAUUUUCUAAUUACAGCCAUACGCGAUCAUUUGUUUGUAUAACAUUUACUAAGUCAUUAAGUCCGUCCUAAUGGAAGUUCUAUUGUUGUUCCACAUUGAGUGUCCUGUAUCAUCAAUGUAGUCGAAAUUUGAAACGUAUUAAAAUUUUACAGUAUGUACAUAUACGUAUUUUGUUGCUAUUUUACGAUUGUCUAAAUAAAUAAUGUUUAUUUUACAAAGUAUAAAAACUGUUACAUAGAUAUUGUUCGCAUAAAAAUUGUAUUGGAUAUAGAAUUAAUUUUUAUAUUAGUGAUAUUAUCUUUAUCAUUUUCACUUCUGUUUUCUUAGUGCAUGUAAAAAUCAUUGUAAAUUUUUAUGGUAUUUUUUUUCUCUCCAUACAGCUAUAUUUUACAUAAAAUUUUCCCUAAGAUUUUAUCAAUAUGAAAGGUCACAAUGAUUUCCCAAUUAUAUUUCCACGAAUAUCAAAAUUUAAAACUAAUUUGUUAUCUAUAUUUUAGUGCGUGUCAACGUGUGGGCGUUGGAUAAAACUAAGAAAAGUUGUUUCGUACUUUAAGAUUUGUGAAGUUUUGUUUCUCGACAUUAAUUUCUAAUGUGUUUCCUUAGAACAUUUGUUCCAGCGAUAACGAAAUUUAAUGUCUUUAUUUUCACUUUUUCCUUCAGUAGUGUGUAUCCACUGUAAAGUUUUGUAUCUAUGUACCACGUACAAGAUUGAUAGUUUUCAGAUAAAGUCCCCCACCACAAGUUUAUCCACCAGAAAUCUGCUUUAAUAUGCUAUUUUUAUGACUUUUAAGAUCUAAUUUGUUAUGUUUGUGCUAAUAUAUAGAUGAUAUCUGCUCUCUGUUCUGUCUUUGUUCGAUAGUACUGAUGAACCGCGGUAAUAACUUAACAUUAGCCCGACAAAAUCAUAAGGUUAUCUAAAUUAAAUUUUAUCACAUUUCAAAGUUUAGUAUUCUUUAACAGGAAGAAAAUUUAAUUGAAUCCUUUUUUUUUUUAAAUUCACUAAAUUUUGAAAUUGACUUGGGUGUUAAUUUCAUUUCAGUUGACAUUGAUUAUAAAAUCUAUAUAUUUUCAUCUUUCUUUAAGACUGUCUUUCAGAGAUAUUUUGUGAUUUUUAUAUGAAUUUAAAUUGAUGUACAUGUACAUUUUAUGGUUAGUGAAUACCAUUUAAGAGUACGUUUUAUUCUUAUCGUUGGCCAUCACCGUUCCUUAAGGCUUUUUUAUACCACUGCUUGACCAAUCCUUUGAUGAUGAGUGUACUUGCUCAUGAAUCAUAAUAAAAGACACAGUGUAAAAUGCUUUUACCAAGACGUCAUACACUUUAAGCCAAAAUCUUUCUCGCUACAUGAGUGUCAAUUUUAAAAUGAUUUUAUCAAUAAGAAAAUAAAGUACAUUAAAAGCAAUUUACGAUAUUUGUGAAUGGAAUUUUCUAAAAUCACUACUUUAUUUUACUCCAAGGUCAAAUAAUUAAGUGAUUUGUGACCUUUAAAAGUAUUUUUUUUUUGAAAAUCAUGAAAUCACAUUUAGAUCUAAUGUAGCGGUGUAUUAUAAUGGCAUAAAUUUGAUAUUAUAUGUUGUCAAAGAGAAAGAAAUUGGGGAAUAUUUGGAGAAGGUCCUUUUAAGUUUUUUUUAUGUUCUUUUUCAUUACGAGGGACUGUCACUUUAGGGAAACAUUUACUAUCGGAUUCCUGGGUUUUAUUUCUUCUUGAUGACAGCCACUUCAGGUCUCCAAAGUCUGGAAUUAAAGUUCGGGCGGCCUGCACUUUUUUAAUGUCUUUUCCAAAACUUCAUAUUUUGUUUCUUAUCUAUGAAAAAGCCGAUUACUAUCUUGCAAUGCGUGCUUUUUUGUGAAGUUUGUGCAUUUUGGCACUCUGGUAUAUAGAGUAUGAGCUUUUUAUCAGAUGGAGUUAAAUCUUUUGGUUAUGAUAUGAUAUCUCCAAAAUCUCGAUGAAAUCUCGCCACAUUUUAAUCAGUGCAGCGCCCACUGGGAACAGAUGCAUGUUACUAAGGGCUUCUUGUCUCUGUAUUGACACAGACAGCCAUAGCACGCGGCUACUAUUCCCUUACUCGUAUAUGUAUGCUCUAUCAGUACUUUUCUUUUUUAAAAAGACAACAUCGCAAUGUAUUGUUAUACGAAUAUAAUUUUUGUUCUUUUCUUUGUAUUGCUCGAUGUAUCAUCACAAGCAAUUCUUGAUAUGACUACUGCAGUAGAUCUGCCGACUUCAGCUGGUCUGUAGUCGCUAUAUUGUAUCAAUUAACAAUGAUAGUGUAUCAUAUAUUAAUAAAAGUGUCAUUUUUCUUGA